AUGUCGUUAGAAUCCCCAUCGUCUAGCCCCUUCCGCGUCGUUGAGCAUAUCGUCGAAUGCCAACAUAUCAGGGAGUAUCCCGCGGCUACAGCCAACGAGCAAGAAGAUGUACUGAAUUUGGUGGUGAAACAAUAUAUUCCACUUGAUAACCCCAAUCCGCAACCAGGCGAUGUAACAAUCCUUGCAGCACAUGCCAAUGGGUUUCCUAAGGAGCUUUACGAACCCCUGUGGGAAGAGCUGCAUGCUCGAUCAAAAGCCAAUGGAUUCCGAAUCAGGAGUAUCUGGAUGGCGGAUGUGGCGCAUCAGGGCGAGAGCAGCGUAGUAAAUGAGGAUCUAUUGGGAAAUGACCCAAGCUGGUUCGACCACCCCAGAGAUCUCCUCCACCUUAUCAACGUAAAGCGGAAGGACAUGUCUCGACCCAUUAUCGGCAUAGGCCACAGCAUGGGUGGCGCCCACCUCGCACAGCUCUGCCUCAUGCACCCACGCCUGAUCCACUCCUUAGUCCUCCUAGACCCCGUAAUCCAACGCGAAUCCACGCAAAUCGACGGAUACGAAAUGGCCCUCCGACGGCGACAAAUGAUAGCUAAAACGACCCAACUCUCAACCUACCGACGAGACACAUGGCCAUCCCGCAAAGCCGCCGCGGAAGCCUUCAACAGAAACCCAUUCUACCAAGCCUGGGACUCCCGCGUCCUCGACCGCUGGAUCAAAUACGGUCUCCGCGAACUCCCCACAGCCAUCUACCCACGAGACGGAUCCAAGACCAACGAGAAAAGCAAUGACCGUCCCGUCACGCUUCGAACAACCCUCCACCAGGAAGUCUUCACCUUCUCGCGUCCCAACUACGACGGGCCCCCGGGAAAGAAAAUCCCCGUGAACAGAGUGACUCAUCCAGAUCUUAACCCCGAACAUCUGGGUUCAUGGCCAUUUUACCGCCCCGAGCCGUCGCGGGUCUUCGCUAUGCUCCCGCAUCUCCGUCCAAGCGUGUGCUAUAUCUUCGGUGGGAAAUCGGAUAUGUGUCUUCCUGAUAUGAUGGCGGACAAGAUGGCCGCCACGGGGACAGGACUGGGGGGCAGUGGUGGGGCGCCUGCUGGCCGGGUGCGCGAUGUGUAUCUGGCUGAAUUUGGCCAUCUUCUUGCUCAGGAGGCCCCCACACAAUGUGCUGAUGCAGCCAGUAAAUGGCUGGGUGCUGAACUUGAACGAUGGCGAACCGAGGAGAGGGAGUUCUGGGAACAGUGGAGUCGGAAGUCGAAAAUCGAGAAGGUGACGAUUGAUCCUCGCUGGAAGGAGCAUGUUCCAGCUCCUGAGAGACCAAAGAAGAAUCCUCCCAAGUCGAAGCUAUGAGUGCCCGGUUGUUCGCCUCGGGAUUAGGGUUGUAAGUAUAUUGCUUGGGCGUAUUGGUGGAUGUA